AUAUAUUAUUGUUUUUAAAAACUUUGGUUCAAACACGAAUUGAAACACAAAUACUCAGUUUCUUGAGGUAUUAUUUAUUGGUCCCACCCAAUUAAUCAAAUUACAGAAAACCCCACCAGCAAAUCUUUUCGUCGGUCGGUUUACCUAUUUUCAUCAAAAUCCUUAUCCAAAAAGUGCACCCUCUUCACCGGAAAAAAUAUUCCGGUAACCAUGCUCCGAAGAAUCACUUGUUCCUCUUCACUCGCUUCACCCUCUCUCUUCCUCCGCUUCUUUCGCCAGUCCCCUCGCUCUUACUCCUCACCGACCACCAUCACCGUCUCGGGCCGCAACAUUCGCCGACUACCCACUACGACCACUCUUCGUUGCAUUUGUUCACACUCUUCGUCCGAAAUCAUAUCCGAGCAUCCUCCGUUCAUCCGGGUUUACAAAGACGGUCGUAUAGAACGUCUUUCGGGCACCGAAACCGUCCCGGCAUCUCUAAGCCCCCAAAACGACGUCGUGUCAAAAGACGUCGUGUACUCACCGGAGCAUAACCUCUCCGUUCGUCUGUUUCUCCCUCAUAAAUCCACACAACUCGCCGCCGGUGACAAACUCCCUCUACUUAUCUACUUCCACGGCGGAGCUUGGAUAAUCGAGUCCCCUUUCUCCCCAAUCUACCACAAUUUCCUCACGGAGGUGGUCAAAUCCGCUAACUGCCUCGCCGUCUCGGUUCAAUACCGACGUGCACCGGAAGAUCCGGUUCCGGCGGCGUAUGAAGAUACAUGGUCCGCGAUUCAAUGGAUCUUCUCACAUUCCGAUGGAUCUGGUCCAGAAGAUUGGAUUAACAAAUACGCCGAUUUCAACAGAGUUUUUCUCGCCGGAGAUAGCGCCGGAGGUAAUAUAUCUCAGCACAUGGCUAUGAGAGCUGGUAAAGAGAAGCUUAAGCCUAGAAUCAAAGGGACAGUGAUAGUGCAUCCAGCUAUAUGGGGAAAAGAUCCGGUCGAUGAACACGAUGUGCAAGAUAAAGAGAUCAGAAGCGGAGUUGCACAAGUUUGGGAGAAGAUUGUGAGUCCGAAUAGUGUUGAUGGAGCGGAUGACCCGUGGUUUAAUGUAGUUGGAUCCGGGUCGGAUUUUUCCGAGAUGGGAUGUGAGAAGGUUUUGGUUGCGGUGGCUAGAAAAGAUCUGUUUUGGCGGCAAGGAUUAGCUUAUGCGGCGAAGCUGAAGAAGAGUGGGUGGAAAGGAACGGUGGAGGUGAUGGAGGAAGAAGAUGAAGAUCAUUGCUUCCAUCUCUUGAGCCCUAGUUCUGAAAAUGCUCCCAAAUUCAUGAAGAGAUUUGUGGAGUUUAUCACUGGUCAAAAUUGUUCUUUGUGUUUUUAGACUUCAGAGUGUGUGACUCGAAUAAAUAAAUUUUGAUGUAACCUUUGAAUUUGAUUUGGUUGUAUAAUUAUGCUUAAGAAAUUAAUUACAGGAAUGACUCUGUUCUGACCAUAUGAGAAUUGUGGUCCAAUA